GUUUAUCAUUUACCUUCGGUCGUCGGACCCAUCCACUGCCUGUUGAGCACGCCCAUUAUUUCCAAUCAACAACCCAUCGCUGGCCGAUUUCCUUAGUGGCCUGUUGCUCUGCAAUCUCGUCCAUCAUUCAUAAUUUUGCACUCGCCUCGUCAGGUACUUGUUGCGGCAGAGUCAGCGACAGCGGCAGCAACAGUUUGUGCAACAUUGCAAGUGUCAUACGUCCGUCAGCUACUUGUGAAUACUCAAUUAAAGCUAAUCGCAUCAUGUCGUAUUCAAUGCGCUGCACAUUAGUCAUCUGCGUGGCAUUCGCUCUGUUUGCCGCCGGCUGCAUUGUGGAGGCCUCCAAGACUCGACCACCGCGCAACAAUGAAAUCAACACCAUGGCAGAUGCGCUCAAGUAUCUGCAGGAUCUCGAUGUCUACUAUGGCGACCGGGCCCGUGUGAGGUUUGGCAAGCGCGGCUCGCUCUUGCAGGCCAUCCGCAAUCGAAUGCUUUUAAAUGGUGUUAAUACUGAACCAUUCAAUGAUAACAACAAUGGCGGAGAAUUGAUCCAUGACGUUGGCCAGGAGGAACUGUUCUAAUCACGAUGCGUUGAGAGCGGGAGGGAGAGAGAACUAAUUUGAAACUCUGUUGCAACUGUUUCAAAUCAAUAGCUUAAACAAUUACCGAAACUUUGAAUA